UAGCAACUUCUCCAGCUUAUUUACCUUGGGGCUUAAUCCACGCCGCGCUCAAAGCGAACGACGUGUUUUUGGACCUGGGCCUGUGACAAGCGUACACUCAGAGAAAACUACAACCGAGGCCCCACGGCAACAUUACCACCAACAAAGACUUCCUACCAAGCCAACGCAAAACAACCAAGCAAAACAAAAGACGACGUCCUCCUUCGUGAAGGAUGAAUCAAGAUGGAGCUGGCCGUGGCGUUCUUCUGGCUGGUAAGUAGUCUCCACUGCUCAAUCAUCUCAGCACAGCCUCACCUGGCCCUCCUAAACGACGCCACAAUCGCACAAUCCGGGGAUCUCUGGCUCACCUCGGACCAAUCUCCCAGAAGCACGGGCCGAGCAAUGCAUGAUCGAGCAAUUCAGAUCUGCAACACCACCGCCGGCUUCUCGACAAGCUUCGUCUUCUCCAUUCAAAACUCCACCGCCACUCGCGGCGAUGGUCUCGCCUUUAUCAUCUCCGGGAAUCUCUUGCCUGCGCCAUCCGGCAGCUCGGGUUCCUGGCUCGGCCUCUUCGAUCCCGCCAUGGACAGGGAGCGGAGCAACAAAUUGGUAGCGGUGGAAUUCGAUUCGGUCCAUAAUCCCGAGCUCCAGGACAUAAAUGACGAUCACGUCGGCGUGGAUAUCAACCAGAUCCGGUCCCAGGUGAGCCCGACGUUCGAAUCGGACGCUGGGAACAGGGUGGAUUUGCACGAUUCGUCCGCCAACGUGAGCGCGUGGAUAGAGUAUGACGCGGUCAAACACUCGCUGGUCGUGUUCGUCGCCAGGAACUCGCGGCGGCGACCGGCGGCGCCGCUGGUGCCGCCACAGCCCGUGAACCUGUGCGAGGAGGCGGCGGUCGAAGGGGCGGUGUUCGUGGGCUUCUCUGCCGCCACUGGGGAUCUCAGCCGGGACGUGCACAUCGUCCACGCCUGGAAUUUCUCCGCCCCGGAUCUACGUUUUAGUAGAGAGAACUUCACGGGCUUAAGUGGCUCAUCGUCGCCACCACCUAGAGGAGGAGGAGGAGAAAGCGGAGGAGAUCAUGAUCAAGAGAAGAAUGGAUCCAGAACAAGGGUCGUGGUGAUCGUCAGCGUGGUUUUCUCGCUCUUGCUGCUGCUGGUGCUCGGCGGGAUCUUUCUUAUCUGCAAGAGAAUGCGUUUGUUCUCGGCUGGCGGUGAUGGAUCAUCGGACGAUGUGAGCUUGAGAGGGCGGAACCUGGAGCAAAACAUCGCGAUGCCAUCCGAGCUCUCGUACCGCGACCUCAAGUCCGCCACCGCCAACUUCGAUCCCAAGAAUCUCCUUGGCAGCGGCGGCUUUGGCAACGUCUAUGCGGGGCUCCUCCCCGGCGAUGGAUCUCCAGUGGCAGUGAAGAGAAUCGGCGAGAACUCCCGGCAGGGCGAGCGCGAGUUCCUGGCCGAGGUGGAGAUCAUCACCAAGCUCUCGCACCGCAACCUCGUCCACCUCCGCGGCUGGUGCUGCCGAUCCAGAGAGCUCCUCCUCGUCUACGAGUUCAUGCCAAACGGCAGCCUCGACAAGGCCAUCGCCACGAACUCGUCCCUCGACUGGAGCAAGCGCUACGAGAUCAUCUGCGGCCUCGCCGCGGCGCUGCUCUACCUCCACGAGGAAUGCGAGGAGAGGAUCGUCCACCGCGACGUCAAGCCCAGCAACGUGAUGCUCGACGCGGGAUUCAACGCGCGACUGGGCGAUUUCGGCCUCGCCAGGCUCAUCGAUCGCAAGCGCGAGGCGAGGACGACCGCCAUCGCGGGGACCUUCGGCUACCUCGCGCCGGAGCUUAACAUAACCGGGCAGUGCACCACCGCCUCGGACGUCUAUAGCUUUGGGAUCGUGCUGCUCGAGGUGGCCAGCGGAAAGAAGCCAUUCUUUGACGAUUACACCGUCUUGGGCGAGUGGAUCUGGGAGCUGUAUCGAAAGAGGAGCCUGGUUGAGGCCGCGGAUCCAGCGCUGGGAGGGGUUUUCGAUGGCGGGGAGAUGGAAUCGGUGCUCACAAUCGGGCUGGCGUGCUCGGAUCCAAGCCCCAGGAACCGGCCCACGAUGCGCCAGGUGGUGAAUUCGCUCAAGGGCAAUGCGCCGGCGCUGCCGGAGCUGCGGCGAUCGCGCGAGGUUUUGGAGUUUGAUCGUAGCGUUUCAAUGAGCGCUAGCUCCGGGAGUUUCCCUUUCCCGACGUUCACGAGCUCGUCCAAUCAACCCUAAACAGACUAUGUCUAUGGAGUUUAGAAGCUCAGUUUUUUUUCUCAUCAAAUUUUUGUAUGGUUCAAGUUUCACAAAAUGGAAAAGAUGGUUUAAUGAUGCA